AUGAGUGAAGCGUCGACCAGUAGUGGCGGCGAUGGUCUCAUCCAGCUGACCAUCCGCACGCUUGAGAACCGCGAGUACAAGUUCCGCGUCGCUCCUCGCUGUGGCGUCACUGAGCUCAAGCUUCAGAUCCAGGAGGCGAGCGGCUUGGUGCCGUCGCAGCAGCGCGUCAUCUUCCGCGGCAAAGUGCUGCGCGACGAGCAGACGAUUGCCGACUUUGGGAUCCAGGACGGCCACGUCCUGCACCUUGUCGAGCGUGCGCCAGACAUUGGUGCUGCUGUUGCUGAGGCCAACAACGCGGCAAACAAUGGCGGCGGCGAGACAACGGCUGCCAGUCCAAGCAACCAGCCGACCAAUCCUCAGAUUGACAUGCAGGGUCUGCAAAAUAUGGUGUUUGGAACUCUGCCCGCCAUGUUGCCUGGCAUGGUCAAUGCUCUGUUCACCACCAUUGCUCAAACCGUGAAUCCCGCUGCUCCUGGAGCUGCUGCUGGUGUUGCCGGUGCUGCCGCUCCUGGUGCUCCUGGUGCUGCUCCUGCUCCUAGCACUGCCGCUCCCGGUGCUGCUCCUCAACCUCAGCCUCAACCGGGCAUGCCGCACGUGCAUGGACAAAUCUUCACAAUGAACAUGCCAGGAGGUGCUGCCCCCGGCGCUCCCCACCCGAAUGUUCAGCCCGCUUCGACUGAAGCCAUGAUUGUCAAUCGCUGCCGUCAUGCUCGCGACGCCUUUGUGACUGGCGCCAAUGUUCUCCGGUCGCCUGCGGAAGCCGUGGUUUUGCCCACUGACAGCCCAGUGUCGAAUGCGACCAACACACAAGCCCUACAGGCUCUGUCAGAGGCACUGCGCGCUUCCCUUCAGCUGCAGUCAACGAUGUCGGUCAAACUAGAGCGACUGGCAUCCGCUCUCGCUGGAGAGGCAACCAUCACGGAGCCUCUUCACCGCGCGGAAGUGCAACAAAUCGCAGGACAAAUCCAGCGCUCACUGCAGAGCGCUGCGCAUGGCACGGCCCUCCUUGGACAGCCCCUCGCCAUGUUGAACUUUGGACAGGCAGCUGGGGCUGCGCAGUUUGUGGCACCACAAGUGCCGCACCCGCACGGACACGGACACGUUCAUGUCCACCAACGCUUUGGCCCGCAAUUUGCGGCAGCCGCUCCUCAGCCGGCGCAACCCGGCUCCCCUUCACCUGCUGCAGGUCAGCCUGCUGCUGGCCAACCGGGUCAGCCGGCUCGACCUGACGUGCACGUGCACACGACGCCGUUUGGGCAAGCAUUUACAAUCAACUUCCCUCCUCAGCACAUCCCGGUCAACAACCCGGCCGCUCCCGCUGGUGCCGGUGCCGCUGCCGGCGAUGCCCUCAACCCUCUCGCAGGGCUUCUCCAGCUGUUGACUCAGCGUGCUGCGCCCGCCGCGCCAGCAACUGGGCCUGCCCCAGCUGAAGAUCCGUCUGCCGUGUCGCGCGAUCACAUGGAGUCAACCUUGCGCACCGCUCUCGCUGCCAAUCCAGGAGCGUCUGCGUCUGCCGUGCUGACAACAGUGCCGACCAACGCGAAUGGCGAUGCUGCUGCCACUGAAUCAUCGGUGCUGGAUCCUCUCUUUGAUUCGCUCUUGCAGUCAUGGACCAUCACUGAGCUGAGUGAGCUUGCAAAUGGAAACUUUGCUCCUCUUGCACGAGCCCGUCCAGUUAUCCGCACAUUCAUUUCCGAGCAUUUGCUACACACGACUGAUAUCACUGCUGAUCUGAUUCCGUUGGUCACGGCUGACUUUUUGGAAGUCGUUCUCGCGGCUCUACAGUCAUUUGCACUUCAUCCUAACAUGCUGCCACACUUGGUGCCUGGCACGGAUCUGGCCGCUUCUGUGGCCUCCGUGCUGCGUGGCUACUUGCAGCAAGCCAUUCGUCUUGUGGUUGCUCCGCUUGAGGAAGGGCCAUUUAUCGAGCAGUUCAAGGCCAUUGUUGUUGAUGGUCUUGUGUCCCUCAUGCUUGUCGCGAGCUUGUGCUUGGCAGGUGGUGUGGCAGAUCUUGCGCCAGCGAUCGAGUUGUUUUUGCGACAGCGUCACUUGCCGGCCGCAGCUCGAGGCACGCAGCAGCUCAUUCAGCUCUUCCGCAGUCACGCGGUCCGGUUGCUGGAUGGCUUCAAUCCCCAAGCCCACGUUGUUCGUGUCACCUUCCAGCAGCCUUCUGCCACCGCACCGUUGACUGUAGAGGCAAUCAACGCUGCUGGUACCCAAGUGCGUGCCCCGGAGCCUGUCGCCGUAGCUACAGCACCUGCCAGCUCGAGCUCGACUCUUCCAGCUCCAGCUCCAGCUCCAGCACCAGCACCAGCUCCAGCACCCGCGGCAACCACCACCGCAGCGUCGUCGUCCUCGGCUCCAGCGCCAACCACUCCCCUUCGCACCGCAGCAAGCUCGGUCGCCUCUGCUCAAGCAUCUUCCGCACCGUCAUCGCCUGUCGUUACGGUGCCUGCAGAAGCGUGGCACUCGCACGUUCCAGAGUUUGAUCGCGCCUUCUGGGCUUCAACCAUUGCCCAAGAUGUGCAGCGACAGCAAUCUCAGCCCAAACAGCGGCCAUUCAGCGACGCAUAUGCGGCUGGAGGCUCUGCUGCUAGCCGUGCUGCAAAGCCCGCCCUUCCCCAGAACUUUGAUCAACUGAUGACUGGUCUCCUCGAUCAUUCGCUUGAAGCAGCUGGUGUUGCCAGUGAAACGCGAACUCAAGUGCUCAAUGCCGCAUCCACGGAUGACACGCUCCGAAACAGCUUCCGCGCCCACGUUCGACGCGAGAUUGGCCAAACUGUCGUCGCCGCCACUCGAGCCAACGACCUGUCGGACACGCAACACAAGACCGCGCUCAAGGUGUUUGGCCCGCCCUCCGCGCUGUCCACCAACCUGUGA